CCCAUGCCAUGCAUGAAAACAAGCUGGAAGGCUCAUGAACCGCCAAAGAGCUCUUCGAAGGGUACAAACCUGCCAGCUCCAACUCUUGCCGCCCAAGAUAUCUAUUACUACCAAAGCAGUCGGAUAAUCUCACUUAUCUUUAACACAAUCCAGUCUCUCGUUGCCCCUUUUCAGUUCAUUGGGGUUAUUCUUUGGCAACUGCGCCUUCUGCCUCUGCCCUCGCGAUCGCUUCCCUCCGCAAGCGACUUACAGCAUCUGGACCUAGGCCUCUUAUCUGCACGACUUCAAUGAGCAGCCUCUUACUCGUACAGCCUCCCUCACCCAUAUUAUCUCACACCGUAUACUUUACUUUGAUACCAUAAACACACGUCCAAAUUCAUAGAUCCAGCCAGCGCAUCGCAUCAAACUCGAAAAUCCGAUGAUGCGCCUGCGCUUGCAACCCUACCCAUAGAAACCGAAGCCGAAGCUACUGUACACCCCUCCACCUUCAACAGUACCUAUCCAUCUCGAGUCCAGGUCGCGAGCCACAGAUACGGGCAUGCUAUGUCGGGCUAUGAUCACUUGCCCUUGGCUUCGCCCUCCUCAAAUACCAAGUCCAACUCCAACAAUAUCAUGCCAUUGACCAACUUCCUGCCGCAAUCGCAGAUAGGGUCAAUGGAUGCUUUUGACCAUGAUCUGAAUUUCGAUGGGGGGAAUAUGUUGUAUGUACACUUUAGCCAAUCAAGCUACCUACCUAUUGCUCUGCCAGUCUUAUUCCCGCAUUUUUUCCAGUAUAUAUAGUCUUACAGUAUACUGAUUUUCGGAUAGCGGUCACAAUAGAGACGACCUGACUUCCAAUAUCCCACCUAUCCCCUUUACACCUUCCUACGAAAACUCCGACGGCUUUUCAAGUACCUUCGAAGAUCCAUUCUCCUACCCAUCUGCGCCCUUCGAUACCCUCCUCGAGCAAAGUAAUAAUAAUAGUCAUAAUAAUAGUAAUAAUAACAAUGGCCAGCCAGGCGAGACCUUUUUACAGGCGCUCGACAAUAAACUUCUGGGGUUCAGUGCGCCGAUCAUCAAAGCUCCCAUACUCAACGAUUGCGGUCAAACCUGGCCUCAGAUGUCAGCAGAACUAUAUGGCAUGUUUUUUGUGGCAGAAGAUGUUUUUGAGGGCGAGCCGACAGGAAGGCCAACGGAGUUGACAUGUUAUCGGCGCAAUUUGUUCCAAAUUUCUGGAACUAUAGCUUUAUCGAGGAACAUAUCGCAUAUACUCAACGAGCAGGGACAACAGAUUCCGAUUUAUGAGCUGACGGCCACCCUUUCUGCGCGAGAGAGUAUCGAGGGAAAGAGUACGGAAAUUAUUUCAGUACCUUGGAAAACCGCUGCCGGCGCAUCGAGUGAGGCUAAAGCUGGUGGAGCUCCUCCACAUUGGCCUUUGAAUUUGAGCAUAAAUCCCGAGUUGGAUCCUAGUGCAGUGUCGAUUCCAAUUGCUUGGAAGAGACUUCAGUUCAAACAUGCGACGGCGAACAAUGGAAGGAGGAAGGGAUUACAACAACAUUAUGUGAUUCAGAUCAACUUGAUCGCAACAAUUCCUACAGGAGAAACCAUAAAACUGGCCGAGAUUCAGAGUGGUCCAAUUAUCGUUCGAGGACGGAGCCCCAGGAAUUUUGAUAGUAGGAAGGAUGUACCACUAAGUGAGAAGAAAUCAGAUGCGAAACAAAGGACUACGAGUGAUUUGGGACAGACGCCCCAAGUGAAGGUCGAUCCUGGGGCUACGAAUAACUCAUAUCGACAUUAUGCUUUGAAUCAAUUACAGGUUUGUCUCACCUCAGUGUUAACUCACUAUUGAGAAAAGCAUAUUGACCAGUUUUAGCAACCAUUGGAUCUUCCCGAAUGGCCCAACUCAAGUCCCUCCCAACCCUCUCCCUCGAGUCCGGAAUCCAACAGACCCCUCAAAAAAGCAACUGUAAGCUCCAGUUCAGGCACUCGACCACCCGUGCCACGAUGGAAUGAUCCCAAAGGUAAAAAGAAAAGGACACAAGUGGCUCCUGUGGAUCUCUCGCUUGCAGAUGAGGAUCCCGGACGAAAUGGGAAUUCGGGGUCGGGUGAGAGAUUUAGUGCUGGGGAAAGAAGUCCGGACGUGAGGAAGAAGAACAGUACGACGCAUUUGGGGAGUCCGUUUGAGGAUGCGGAUUUGCUUUAUGAGUAUUUUCCUUUGACGGUUGAUGAUUGGUGAGUUCUUGAUUUCAUACUUGUGGCAAUGUGGGGUGUUUUCAAAGAAGGCAUCAAAAUGCGGGUGGCUCAUUUGCUGAUUAUACAGGAUGCCGCCGGUGGAUGCUAUCUAUCGACCUCAUGUCGUGCAUCAUAUCCAUCCUCCUGCUAUGAUGGCGCAGCAGGUCAAAGUCAAUCCCAAGAGGUAUUUCUCGGCAGAGGAUUGAGGGGAAAUGGACUUUUUGAAGUAUAACAUCAAAUGAGGUCAGGGUUCUACGGGAUACAUUACUUGAUGAAUGCCUCGCUCAAGAGUGGAAUGGAGCACUUGACGCUUAUAGAGAGCUUGGAGUAUGUAUGUUGAAGAACACCGUACUGUACUACUGUGAAGUGUAAGAGCGAUGGAGACGCAGGAUGGUGGAUACAGCGCGGUGAUUUGCUGUAAGACGUCUUUGGGAGGCAGCUAUGUAGCGUGGAGAAGCGAAGUGAAGUAAGUGACGUGAGGAUGGAUGUCUUGUGUUAUGUUGUGAGUACGAGUACGAUACGUUCUUGUUCAGCGGGGUGAAGGUCAUAGACAUGGUCUAUGGUGUCUGAGGGUCCGACCGGCAAUUAUACCAAGUUAGCUAAGAUCAGAGGAUAAGUGAGUGAGUGAGUGAGUGAGUGAGUGAGUGAGUGAGUGAGUGAGUGAGUGAGUGAGUGAGUGAGUGAGUGAGUGAGUGGGUAGGUGGGUGGGCACUGUAUGUUUAGAUGGAUAGGUAGUUAUUAUGAUGAUCACC